GCCAACAAAUUAUUUGGAGCUAUACCAUCUGGUUGGACACAAUGCAAGCAGCUCAAAGAGUUAACAUUAGAACUCAACUUAUUCACAGGCCAUAUACCCAAAAGCAUCAGGAAUUUGACUAUGCUUCAAUUGCUAAAUCUGUAUUCCAAUAACUUGGAAGAGUAUGGAUCUUCUGGAGUUGUUUCAACAAAAAUAGAUCUGUAUAGCUAUGGAAUCAUGCUAUUAGAGGUGUUUACAAGAAAAAGGCCAACAGAAGAUAUGUUUGUGUCAGGAUUGAGGUUGAAGAGUUGGGUAAGUGAGUCAAUGCCUCAUGCAACAAUUCAAGUCAUGGAUUCCAAUUUAUUGCAAGGAGAUGAACAUCAUAUAAAAUAUAUUGACAUCUACAUCCUCUAUUCUUGAAUUGGCCUUGAAUUGUUGCACUGAUCUUCCAAAAGCACGUGGCAAUAUGAUUGAUGUUGUAGUAUCAUUGAACAAGAUCAAAGGGAUGUUUUUGCAUAGGCAACAUCAUCACGUUUAGAUUAUCAUUGAUUUUCUUACAAUUUGUGGGGUUAAUUGUUCUCCCUUUUUUCAUUUUAUACUUUCAGAAUAUGUUAGACUUAUUGUUUAUAUAUAUAUGCAUUUAUUUUUAUCCAAACAUAAAAGUAUAAAGCACUCAACUA